AUGAAAUUUACUUCUUUUAUAAAGAGACUUUUCAUUUUUAAUGCUGUUAUCUUUAUUUUAAACAAAUAUAUAAAAAAAAAAAACUGUGAUUUUUCUUUCUUUAUACAUUCUUUAAAAAUUAAAAGUAUUAAAAAUACAAAUAUUAAUAAUGAGGAGGGGAAAACAAGUGAGACAAGUAGAAGGAAUACAUCUGGGCACGAUGAAACAACCUUUUUUUCUGUAGACCAUGAGGAUCAUAAUGUCGCAGGUAGUGAUGAAGAGAGUAGUUAUAUUUAUAGUAGUGAUAUUGAUAGUAGUGAUAUUGAGAGAAGUGAUAUUGAUAGUAGUGAUAUUGAUAGUAGUGAUAUUGAUAGUAGUGAUGUUGAUAGUAGUGAUGUUGAUAGUCGUAAUGAUGAUAGUGCUGAUAAUGAUAAUGCUUAUGAUAAUAGUGCAUAUGAUAAUAGUAGUACUAGUUAUAAUGAAAAAAUAACGAAAACGAGUUAUUUAAAAAGAACUAACACUAACCCAUUUUCAGACGAAAGGAAAAACUUGAAGGGAAAAAUCGGAAUUAAAGAACCUUCUAAAGAGGAAAAAAAACAUAAUGAAAAAAUUAAAAAAAAAAAAAAAAUACCUAUUAUAUAUACAUCCAUUGAGGAUAUAAAAAGGUUUUCCUAUAUUAAAGGAAAAUUAAAAUUAGUGUAUGUUAAAUCGUUUUAUAAUGAUAAUCAGAAAGAGUUAUAUGAAGCAAAAUUUCAAUUUUAUAAUAACAAGAUAAUUUAUGUAGCAACUUUUGCUGUUAUAAGGAAUUCUCUAAAAGACAAUAUUAAUCAAACAGAAAAAUGGUUCAAUGCACACAUGAAAGUGCUACAAAAAAAUAAUUAUAACAUUACAGUAAGAUGUGAUGAAGGAGUAGAAAAAUAUUAUGGGACUAUUUCUUUUAACACAGAUGAAUUACAACAAUUUAAAAUAUUAAGGAAAUCAUUGAAGAACAAAUUAAACCUAACAUAUGACAACUUUUUUAAUAAUUUAAAAUCAUUUUAUAGUUCUAAAAAGAAAUAUUUAGAAUAUAUAAAUUUUAAAUUUAUUAAUCCAUAUGUUAGCAAUACUUUCAAUAUAAAAAAGAAUUAUUCUGAAAUAUCUAAACAGAAGGCAAGUGAUGAAUUCCUUAAGAAUUUAAUUUCCUUUGAUAAAAUAAAGUAUGUGUCCCAAAGAAUGGAAAGAGGUUAUAGUGUUCUAUGUGACCUGGAAAAAAAUUUCAAAAAGGUCGAAGAUCGAUUCAUUAUGUAUAAUUUAUUAAGGGAUAAUAUAAUUGAAUCAGAAGAAAGUCAAGAGGUUAUAAUAUUUGAAACAGAAGAUAAAGAUAUCUUCACUUAUGAUUCCAUAUAUUCUAGAGAUAUUCAAAUUAUGAGUAACAAUUUUGAGAUGGAGAUUUUAAUGAAUGAGAAUGGUAUUGUAAAUGAGAAUGAUAUAUAUUUCUAUCUAAAUAAAUAUAAUCCGGUGCAUUUAGAAUUGCAGAAUAAGGGUAUAAUUAAAUAUGCUUUUAUUUAUACAUGGUUAUCAAAAUAUUUCACUAAUAGUAACAAAUAUAAAAAUUUUUAUCCUCAUUUUUAUCUAGCAAAAUAUCGAAAUAACUCAGAAGUGGGCAUACAUAAUAUCAAUUUUUAUUCUCCUCAACAUUACAGCUUCAUAGAGAAAAAUGACAAAAGGUACAACAAUUCCACAAAUGAAAACAAAAAUAGCACAUGGAGCAAAUUUUAUAAUGUACAUGAGAAGCAGUCAAAAUUAAAAGAAAAAAAUAAAUCCAAAUAUAAUAAAGCAAGUGAUCACUAUUUUGGAUCUCACAUAUCAAAUGAAACAUUGUGUAAAUACAAUAUGGCAUGUAGGAAAAUAAAAGACGAGGGAAAUGUUAUAUACACAAAAAACAGUAGUGCAUUGUCUUUUGUCGAAUUAAAAGCAAAAUCAAAAUCAGAUGAUAAAAACAUGGGAGAAAGCUAUAGAAAAGUAGCUCCAGGAUCCGCUAAUAGUGAACAACAAGGAGGAGGAGGUAGCAACAGUAAUGCUAAUGUAAAUGAUACUAAUAAAAAUUCAGAUAUUACUGAAAGCGGUGUUAAUGAUAGCAAUAACGAUAGAAUUAACAACAGCAAUGUUAAUACUAGUAGCAAUAGCACUGUAAAUACCAUUCGUGAGGAGAGGGAUAAAAAUGAGCAUAUAAUUAACGAAACAAGGAAGACUGAUAUCUUCAAAGACAAGUAUGAUAUAAAUAUUGAUCUUACUAAAGAGAGUAAAGAGAGGGAUAUUAAACGUCAUAAUUCUCCAGUUAAUAAUACUAAAGUUCAGAGUACUUCAAAUAUUAAGGGAAUCCAAAAAAAUGAAAAUAAAGACAAAGAUAACACUGAGAAUGAGACCAAUAACUCGAAUUCUAAUUCUUCCUAUAUAUCUGGUGUUUUAGGAUAUAUGAAAAAAGUAAAAGAUAUAUUUUCUAAUGACACUAAAAGUAUACCUUUAAGUACUAGUGCAAUGAUAACAGCUGAUAGCGUUGCUAAUGUUAUGGCUAAUGUACUAGCUAGUAGUAAACUACUUCAAGAUAGAAAUACUGAAAAAAACUCUACUUUUGAUAAAGAUUCAUCAAAUAAAAAAAAUGUAUCUGAUAAGGAGUUAACAAAUAAGGGAAAAUUAAGUGUCAAAGAAAAGUCAUUAUCCAAUGAAAAUCCUUCAUUGGCUGAGAAAAUCUCACAAGAACAAGUAAAAUUAGAACAAGAGAAAAAGGAAAAUGAGCAAACAAUAACAGAUCAAAUAGCGCCAUCUAUUCAAAAAAUAUAUGAUGAAAAAGCCUCAUCGGAAAAAAUAUCAGCAACAGACAAGGAAUUAGAAAAUGAACAGAAUGAUGUAUUUGAAGAAAAAGAAAGAAUUGAUAAGCCUUAUUCCACUGAUAUAGAAUACCCAUUAGAUCAAAUAAAAAAAGAAUCUGAAGAAGAGAGUAAUACUAAUGAACAACUCCUAUCAGAAGAAAAUGUUAAAUCCGAUGAACAGUCUCAAACACAUGAAUAUUUCAAUGAUGACGAUAUAAUUUCACUUGAAAAGAAACUCUUCCCUGAUAAAUCGUUUGAAUAUGAGGAUGAAUCUUUGAAUGAUCAAAAAUCUGAGCCAUAUGGAACUAAUAAUUAUAAUGAAAAUUCUUUACAUCAACAAGUGCAUAAUUAUGGUCAAGAUUAUCCACAAGACGUAACUUCUCUAUUAAAAGGUAGUAAACAAUCUGCACGUAAAUUUUUUGGGCUGUCCAAUUAUAAUAUUAAUAAAUAUAUGAACCAACAUAAUAUUAAUGAAAAUUUAAAUGAUAAAUUUUUUGAGAAACAAGAUGAUUUAACUAUCUAUCAAAAUAUAUUAGAUAAGCAUCCUAAUAGAAUGAUUGUUGGUCUACUUGAAAAAGAAGCAGAAGAUAUGUUCAUAUUAAAUUGGUUAUAUGGAAAUGACAUCUUAUGUGUUAUUAGAUCUAGCGAUUACAAUGAAUUGUUUUAUAAUAUGAUAAAUAGAGAUUACUUAAAAAUUCUAAAUGUCUUUAAAUUAAGAAAUGAUAACCAAAUGUCUGUUAUUUCUAAAGACUCCAAAGGGAUAUUAAUUAAUGCUAAUUUUCAUCCUCAUUAUUCAGCAUUAAAAUUUUUUUUCAAUGACAAAUAUAACAACAACGUUUUUGAGGAAGAAUUAAAGUCAUAUUUGCUUUUAGUACAUUAUUUACUAAAUUCUAACAUUAGUCCUUGUAAGAAUUACAAAAACGUUAAGUACUUUUACAAUGAAGAUACUUUUAACAUAUCUAAUUUACAUUUUAUUAAUAAUAAAUUAUUCUUACUAGUUUCUGAAUGUGCCUUAGAAAUUCUUCACUGGAAUAUACCUACUGGAAUAAUAAGAAAAAAUGAAAAUUAUACAAAUACAUCUAUAUUUAGUAGAGUAAUAAAAUAUGUAAGUAAAAAUAUACAUCAUUUUGGAUUUAAAUUAAGAAUAUUAAAUGAAGAGGAUGCAGUUCACUUUGUCAUGAAUAACCGUGAUAUAAUGGAUAAUGAUUACGAUGUAAAAUAUGAUUUUUUUUUAAAAGUAGCUUCUAAGUUAUACUAUUUACAAUCAUUAGGUCUAAUUCAUAGAAAUAUUAAGGCAGAUAAUUAUUUUGUUCAAAAAAAGCAAGCACACAGUAAAUAUAUCGAUAUCUUAUUAGGAGAUUUUAAUUAUAUUAUAGAAGAAAGCAGUUAUGGAACAUUCAGAGGAAGUUCAAUAUAUUCAUCCCCUGAAAAAUUAGAUUCAUAUUUUAACAGGACCAUAUAUAAUUUAAAAAGUGAUGUUUUUUCUCUAGGUUUAAGUUUAUCUACUAUUUUUUUAAAACGAAAUUUUUUUUUUAAAAAUAUAGAAAGGAAAUUAAAAUUCCCCGUGGGGAAAUACACAGUAAGCAUUCUUAAGAGAAACCCUAUGGUGUUAUUAUGGAUAAAAGCUGUGAAUCCUUUCAUAAAAAAAAGGUUUAAUAUAUUUAAAUAUAGAUCUUAUUUGAAAGUCAGUGUGCAUGAGUUAGAGAAAAGACUUUCUAAAAAGUAUAUAUACGAAUGGUUUGAAGGGAAAUGUGAAUCUAUUGGGUACAAAGAGGAAAGUUAUCUGCAAUCGCUUUUUAUGAAAACGCAUGAUCGAACGAUGAAUAGAUGGAGUAGUGAUAUUAUAAGCAGUAAAGGAGAAGAUCAGAAUAAUUUUGAUACGUGUUUUUUUAAAUAUACAAUGAAUGCGAGUGCAGAAAAAACAAGUUUUAGUAAUUCAUCAGAGGGGUCUCAUAAUUUUUACGAUAAUUUGAAAAAAGACGAUGACAAAGGUAAAACGAUGUCUAAGUUCCUUUAUCAAUUUCCUACGUAUGAAAGAAAAAUAAACACCAUUUCAGUUAAGCAUGAAAGCACAGAUGAAGAUUUUUACCGUAGAACAAAGGAUACUACUGCAGAGAGUGUUGACAAAAGUGAUAAAUUAGAUAAAACUGAAAAUGAAUAUGAUUUUACAAAUGCUUCUAACAUUAAUUUGAAAAAUUAUUCCAGAAGAAAGAAAAAAAAAAAGAUUCCAAAGGCAUAUAUAUCUGAAGAAUCAAAUGUUAAUAAAAUACCAUAUGGUGAUAAAUUAGAAAAUACGAUAGAUUAUUCAAGUUUAGAUGAAUAUAAUAUGAAGAAAUAUAUGUAUGCUUGUUAUACGUUUAAAAACGGAAUCGUAGGAACAAUCAUGAAAAUAUUCUCCAUUGAAUUUGAAGCAUACAGACCAGAGAUAUUUGAUAUAUAUUUACUACUUAAAAAAGAGCUGACCUAUUUAGAAGAUAAGGAUGAUAAUAUUAAAAAUACAUUAUCUAUUUUACGAAAUAUUUCAGAACCUGAUAUAAAUACCAUAUUGAGAGAAAGAUUAUUUGAUAGAUAUUAUAACAUUAAAAAAAAUAUCAUUUUAAAGGCUUUGUUAUUCUAUGGUUAUUUCAGUAUAUAUGAACAUUUAUCGUAUGAAUUUAAAUUAUAUGAAUUGGAGAAUUUUCCCUUAAAAGAAAUGAAUAAUGACACGUUUGAAACUAUUAUAAAUAGAUGUAUGGAGAGAGUGAAUUUCAGUGAAUUCAGUAAUUUGCUAUUAGUUCAACAUAUUUAUAAUAAUUAUCAGAAAGAAAAAAUAUAUUCUAAUAUAUAUAUUAAUUUAUAUACUGUAGAGGAUUCUAUUUAUAAUAUAGACACGGAUAAAAUAACUAGUUUCAUAAGUAACAAUAAUAAAAAUAGAUUUAUCGAUAUUGAUUUCAAAGGUAAAUAUAAUUUUUUAUUAUAUAUGAGAAAGGAAGCUAUGGAAAGUAGAGCGUAUCAUACUAAUCUAAAUGAAUUAAAAACACCCCCCUUAAAUGUGGACUAUAGAUCAAUACGCUUAGCGACUAACGAAUAUAAUAUUCCUUUUAUAAAUUCCUUUAUUAUAAGAAUAGAUAACUUUGCAAUAAAAGAUAUAGAUAUAAAUUUGGCUGUAUUGCUUAAUAAUAUAUUUUGGAGUCUUAAAGGUAAGUGUAAAUGUAUUAAUUAUACGCAUAUACAAGAAGAAUUUGAAAAAAAUGACUUAUUAUCAGAAGACAAAAUUAGGAUUACCCAGAUAGACUUACAUAAGCCAAUAGGUACUGUUCUUAAAGAAUUAAUUAACGAAGAAUCCGAGUUAUCAGUUAAUGAAAAUAAACAAUUUAAUGUUCUUUCAUUUAAACCUAUGAAUAUUCAGUUAGAUAUUGUUCUCAGAAAUAGUUUACAUUUAAUUGAUAGAAAAACAGUCAUAAGUUGUGCAAGAAAAUUAAAUAAGAAAGCAGAGAUUUAUAUUCCUAGCAUUUCAUCUAUUAGGAAAAACGAAACAGUGAAAAUAAAAAUAGAUUUAGGUUCAUCUAAGUUUUUUUAUCUAUCCUUUAAUAUAUCAUUGUUAAGAUCACAAGAAAUUUUAGUGAAAGAUAUAGUUUAUUUUUUAUAUAGAAAUUAUAAAUCCGAACUUGAUAGAACAAUCGCAUAUUCCAGUAUACGUAGAAAUAAAAAUCGGUCCAAAUUUAACUGCCUAUUGAUGAAUGAAUAUAAUACAUUUUUUUAUAACAAUCUCACGGGUAAUCUUAUAAAAGAAACAUCCUUUAAUAAAGUUAUUUCAUUAUUAUACAAUAUAGAACUAAUGGAGCCUAACUAUGUUAUUAAAGCAUCUAUGAAUUAUUACAACAAUAGGGGAAGGGACAAUGGGUUACUACGCCUCGUUACAAUUCAUAAUGUUAUUUAUGAAAAAAGAGGAGUUGAUUCUAAUGAAGCUGAAUAUUUCUUAGAACUAUCGAAUGGUGUUUAUUCUGAGGAGUCUAAUCAAAAUAUCGAUAGCGAUAAAUUAAAACUUUCUAAGCAAGAUUGCUUAAGAGUUCGGAAAGAAAAAAAUAUGAUAAGAGUAAAUGAUGAGGAAUCUAGUUACCAUUAUGGGACAGUUGAAUGCUUACAUUUUUUAAAUAAAAAGGUUAUACCUUUUUUUAAUGAUUAUAAUACAACAAAUGUUUUUGAUCAGAUAGUUAUUCCGUCCUCAUUUAUAUUUAUAAAUAAAGAUAAAAAGGGAAAAAAUGGAAACUUUAUACAUAGUACUAAAACAGUAAAUUUCAAUAUUGUUUCUAAUAUAAUGAAUUUACAAAAAUAUCAAAAAGAAAUGUAUACUUCUUCGGAUUUUUUAUAUUCAAUUUUGCAAUGGUUUUUGUUGGAUAAACCGUACGAUAAAAAUGAUAGAUGUAAUUUUAUAACUCAUAAAAGCAAUACUUCAAUUUAUGACAUGGUAUUAAGUAUCACAACAGCAAAAGAAACUAAACAUAUAUUAUAUAAAAAUAAUGAGGAUGUAAUAAAAUUUCUCUUUUAUAUUAUCUUAAAGGACCAUGAUAUUAAUCAGUACACAUCUGAAUUUAUAAUGUCAGCUAUUAAAAUGCACAAUUUAAAAAUUUCUUUUGUUUUGAAGAAUGAAUCUAACUACAUAUUCCCAGAUAUACAAAAUUUAGAUAGCCAAUUUAAUGAGAGCUCAAAUGUGCGAGUUAUUAAUUGCCUGAAACAACUAAAUGGAAAAAAUGUAACCUUACUUGGUGAUGGAUUUGAUGAAGAAUUAUAUAUUCCUUUAAGCGUAAAUUUCUUGAAUAAAAAUAUUAUAUAUAGGAUAUCAAAGGAUACAUUUAAUAAAAUGAUAUAUAAUUUUACCAGUCAUGAAAUCACCAUGAAAUACAGCAAGGAAUUAUUUAAGUGCAUUUUAUCACCCUUAACUGAAAUUGAAAUUAAAUUUCGAUAUUUAUUUUUAAGUGAUUUAAGCUAUUAUGUAGAUAUUCCGAAUAAAUUAAAAAAGAAUAAUAAAUCAUUUUUAGUUACAAUGAAUCCAACAUUCUAUGAAAAUUUAAAUGAAAAAUGUAAUUUCCAUGGGAAUAAUUGUUCUUCCGCUGUAGAAGAAAUUAUUAGUUACAUUAAUAGCACUUUUAUGGAGCCAGUUUUUGUUGUUAAAAAUGUAAUAAAUUAUUUUUUAAGGAAAAAGAUUCGUGGAGUUCUAAGAAAGGCGAAAUAUAGAAUAUUUAGCUAA